AUGAGCUCCCUCGCUCCCGCCCACGACAUCGCACGCGGGUUCGACAGCGUGUCGCUCGACGACGACGCGCCCCCAGCUUCAUCAUCGCACCCAGACGCGUCCCUCGACCUCCAGACCACCCGGGACAACGAGGACCAUGACCAGGCGUUCGAGUCGGUCUCGCUCGACAGUGCAGCCCCGCCCGAGCAGCCCCACGACCGCGACGACCACCGCUCGUCCCCCUCGCCCUCCUCCGCCUCGACUCCGCCCCACAGCCCGAGCCUCGCCUCGACCGCACCCACGACCGUGCACGACCCGUCCUCCUCCACCGACGUUCACGUCCCUCCUCGCGCUCCUCCCGCGCCCCUCGCCGACGAUGCGCCCGUCCCGUCGACCUCGGCACCCUCAACCGCCGAGCCCGACAAGCUCGCAGCCGCAGCAGCAGCCCCGUCGCCCAAGAAGCUCGUCUCGACAAAGCGCCCGACCAUCAUGCAGAAGGUCGUCAGCAUGACCCGCCAACGCGACCUGCCCCCAAAGCCUCGCGAGGAGGAGGAAAAGCACCUCACUAUGCUCGCCGAGAUGUACGCCGCGAGCCGCGAGGCCGACAAGCACCGCCGCGAGGCCGAGGCGCACCGCGCUGCCGUCCGCGCCGCUCAGCACGCCGCCGCCUUCCCGGCGUGGGAGGCGUCCAUCCUGCCCAAUUGGCGCGUCGUCCUGCACGACACGCCCGAGGGGCGCAGGUUGCGCCAGCUGUGGCGGGACGGCACCAUGCCCACCCGGUGGCGCGGCCGCCUGUGGGCCAUGUGCAUCGGCAACGGCCUCGCCGUGCCCAAGGGCGCCUUUGCCCAGGCGGGAGAGCGUGCGGCGAGGCUGAGGGACGCCGGCCGGCUCGCCGAGGUCGAGCGGGCGGCGAGGGCCGACGCGCAGCGGACGCUCCCGGCGCUCCACAUGUUCCAGGAGGGCGCCGUCAUGCACGACGACCUGAUGGAGAUCCUCGUCGCGUGGGCCGUCUACGAGAAGACGACGCCUCGAUACCCCGACGGUCUCGCUUUCCCUGCCGCCCUCCUCCUCCUCAACCUAGCGCCGGCCGAGGCCUUUGUCUGCCUCGUCAACCUCGUCCAGAAGUCGUUCUUGCGCUCGUUCUACGGCGACCAAGACGAGAUCGAGGCGUACUACCGCGUGUUCGACACGCUCCUCGCCGACGCCAUGCCCAAGAUCUACGCCAACUUCUCGGCCCAGGUCGUCCGCCCCUCGCUGUACCUCCUCCCCUGGCUCUCGACCCUGUUCGCCGCCUUCCUCCCGCUCGACCUCGCGACGCGCGUGUUCGACUGUUUCCUCCUCGAGGGCGACUCGUUCCCGUUCCGCGUCGCGCUCGUCCUCCUCGACGUCCUCGAGCCGCGCCUGUUCAACCCCAACCUCGACGAGCUCGCGGCCGUCUUUCGCGGGACCGACCGCGGCGCGCUCGGCGUCGUCCGGCGCGACAAGGGGCUCAUCCUCGCCGACGGGAGCGUCGACCCCGACGGCCGCGUCGAGACGGACGAGGUCUACGCCGAGAUGGGCGCGACUGAGGAGCGCGUGUUCGAGGGCCUGGCGCGCCUCGAGUGGAAGGAGGAGACGUGGGCGAGGCUCGUCGAGCGCGAGCUGCCCGAGGUUGUGUGA